AUGAAGAGGUUCGGCCCGGCCGGCGCCCGGAGCCUCAAGGGCGGAAGACGUUUCAAGACACAUAACAUCGAAAGCCUCACACUAGAGGCGGGAAAAGCCAACACCUACCAUCUCACUUCGGUGGUGCUGGCGGCCCUGGACGGACGACACUAUAGCAACCACCUCCCCAACGGCGAGAAGACGAACGCCGCCCCGAUGGAGCAGCACCUCGUGGCCAACAACCCAGAGUUAGCCGGCGCCCUCGUGGUCGGCACCCGGCGAUUCCAGAACGCUCUGCUUAUCGAGCCAUUUAUCUUCAGGGAGGCCGGCAGAUGCCCACUGACGACGGCCGAGCAGGCGGCACUGAUCGAGCGAGUCUGGCCCAGCAUCCAGGAAGCCAACAAUACCGUCCCGGCCCACGCACGCGUCGACAAGGCGCUGAUCCUAGUAACGACGCCGGACCGCCCGCUCAUCCGCGACAGCGACGGCGCGGUCCAGCAGACCGCCCUCGCGGAGCAGCAGUACGCAGCCGAGAUCGGGGCGCUGCGCGCGAACGCGGAGCUCGGCCCCGACAGCGACGGCGAGCCGCCACGCGCGCCUCUCGUCGCGCCUGAUCCGGACAGCAUCGCCCAGUUCGUCCAGGAGUGCGUCAGCGCGGUGACGAGCUGGCCACACGAGGAUGCGGACCACCAACCGCCCUCGACGACGUUCUUCGAGCGCGGCAUGGACUCGCCCGCGGCGCUGCAGCUCGCUCGUGUCCUGAGGCGGGGGCUCCGCCGUCCUGGCGUGGCCCUGUCCACGGUGUACUGCAACCCGACGGUGUCGCAGUUGACGUCUGCCAUCCUCGCAGCUAUUGAAGAUGGGCCGAGGGGUCACCACAGUGGGACGGCCGAGUCUGCGUGA